UUUACUAUUAGAAUUUAUUUUCAGGAUUCCUAAUGUUACAAUUCCUUAUAGAUGGAAGAAAAGAAAGAGCAUCAAAAUCAGUACUCAUCAAAAACACUAGUAAAUCUAUCACAAAUGACAACACAAUGUGACUCAAUAGUUGGAAAGAAGACAGGGAGAUGGUCAUUUGAAGAACACCAGACAUUUAUCAAUUGCCUGAAAUAAAUAUGGAAAGAACUGGGUCAUCCUCCAAGAAAUGAUCCCAACCAGAACAAACAUCCAGAUUAAAUCCCAUUGUCAGAAUUACUUGGAUCAGAUCAAGAAGGAUUUUAAAACAGAUGAUCCCAUGGAGCUUGUGCUCAAGAAUGUGUGAGAUGCUAGUCCUAUUUAUCAGUCUGAUUUGCCUGAAAGCAGUCAAUCACAAGUCACACCUUUGAUAAUUGACAGUUCAGAGUUUGGCUGCAAAUAUAACCUGCAACACAAGAAGAAGAGAGAAUUUAAGUCUUUAGUGAAGAACAUGGAUAAUACUUCGAGUCCAAUGAUAAGGAAGGAAGGUCAACCUUAUAAAACUGGCAAUCUUGAUUCCUCAGAGAGGAUAUUGAAGAAACAGAAGGUAUUUGAUAAAGGAAUUGGUCCAUCAUCAAAUUGUAAUGUCACUACAAAGAAUAUGUCAAAGUGAGUUUCCUCUAAACAGAAUCAGAGAUCAAGAAAAGCUGACAACAAGUCUCAACUCAAAGUUGAGAAAGGAUGCUCGUUGAUUGGAUUAAAUAAAGGCAAGAUUACUAUUAAGGCAGAUAGCAUACAGUCCUUACUUCCUUUUGAAUAUAAACUACUGAGUGAUCAAAUCAAUAUGUUUAUUCCAGAGGGUCCAUGCCAGAUAAACAUUAUGCCUUUAAGCCAAGCCAACUGAGGUAUGGGGUCUGACUUGGUUAGUAAUCAGUCACUGACUAUUCCUGGAAAAGUUAAAAUAAACACGAACAAGGCUGAAUAUCUAGGAGCUAGCACAUUUCACAGUUCAAAUAUGUUAGAUAGUCGGGUAUUGUAUCCUCAAGAAAUCAAAGAAGAUUUGGAAUCACUCGAAGCCGUAGAAAUCAUCAAGCAAAUGUUCUGUGGUUGAUCAAGCUCCAACUAGGAAAAUUACCGGCAAGGGCUAGUUGGAGAGGGCAGAAGCUGAUUUAAGGUGAAAAUAAUCUUUGCUCUAAAAAUAUC